AUGCUCCCGCUGCUCCUCCUGCUGCUGCCCGCGGCCCACGGCAUAGUCCAGCUGCGAUACAGGCCAGCCCUGACCAAGGAGCCCCCGCUGGAGGGGGUGACAACCGGCUCCACCUUCGUGGUGGACCAGCCCCGCUGCGUCUUCCAAGACUACGGCAACGCCGUCAUCUGGCUGGUGGUGGCCCUGGACCGGGCUGCAUCUAGCUUCAACAACACCGAGAGCCCGGGCUCUUCAGAGACUGCAUUCCAGGACUUCCCUGACCGCGUCAGCGCCUACAUGACCCUCAAUGCCACCCUGGGCAGCUACCCCUGCCCCAAACUCGACAAGGAGGUGGCGGUGCUGCGCGUCGGCAGCGAGACGAGCUGCGCCCAGGAUGUGACCAGACCCACCUGCAACGGCCCCCUGCGCGACCCCGGGCCGUACCGGGUGAAGUUCCUCGCCCUGGAGGGCUCUGUGCCCGUGGCUGAGACAGCCUGGUCGCUGCCGAUCACGCUGAGGACAGCCAAGCCCCCCAGCACCAUCUCCACGGCGGGCAGCGGGCACAGCGCCGACAUGAUCGCCAUCACCACCAUCCUCUCCAUCCUCUUGGCCAUCCUCCUGGCCGGACUGGUGGCCAUGCUCUUCUUCUGCGGCUCGGACUCCUGCGGUGGCAGCGGCACCUUCAGCAAGCCGGAGUCGGUGACGGUGCGGCGGUACAACACCCACCACGUCUACGACCAGCCGGCCGCCCGGCUCUGA